UCUUUUAUUCCUUUGAACAUCUCAUAAUUAAAAUCUCAAAGAUAUUCAAGCAAUCGGAAUAGAAUUAUAUAAAAAGGAGCUACGAAGCUUACAAGAUAUGAAGUUCACUACAUUAGUAUUCAUCGCCUUCGUUUUGUCGUCUCUGGUUCUGACCAAAACAAUGAUUUCGGGGAAAGAGGUGAAAGCGGCAUGCGAUUUUGCAAAGUUCCAAAUAUGCAAGCCGGCGAUAAUAGCUGGAAGCCCACCGUCAGAAGAAUGUUGCGGAAAGCUAAAAGAACAGCAGUCGUGUUUGUGUGCUUACGUGAUAAGUCCAUCGAUUAGUCAGUAUAUUGGAAAUGCUAAAAGACUCAUAGCGGCUUGUGGUAUACCUUUUUCUAAUUGUUCAUAAUAUUAUAAUUAUCAAAAUCAUAUUUGAUAAUGUUUAUAAUUGGGAGUUUGUCAUGUCAUGGUUAUUCAGAUGAUUCAAUAAAAUGAACAUUUUUCUUAUAUA